AUGUUAUUAUUGUUAUUUGAGCUCUAUGUGACUCUUUGCAUUGCUGAGAUCCAGGACCUUGCAGCUCAAUGUCAUCUUACAAUAAAGAAUUAUACAUUUGAGUACAAAUAUUCUCAGGAAGGAGAUAUCAUUAUCGGAGGGAUCUUCACUGUACAUUCCUGGGUGAAACUGUGGUGGGACCAUGAACCAAGAAGUACUUUCUUAAACCAGAUGUGUAUAGUUGCUCAUCCCAGAGAAUAUACACAUCUGAGGGCUUUUCUCUUUGCUAUAGAAGAAAUUAACAAUAGUUCAGAUAUCCUUCCCAAUGUCACCCUGGGAUAUCACAUAUAUGACUCUUGUGGAAAUGUGAAUAAAGUUAUAAAAGAUGUUCUGCAGAUACUGUCUGGACACACAGUGACAGCUCCAAACUAUUCCUGUAUGGAGAAUGAUGCAGUGGUCGGUUUUAUUGGGGAUUUACAUUCUGGUACUACUCUCCCUAUGGCCCAGCUGUUAAGCUUAUAUGGAUAUACACAGAUCAGUUAUGGGGCAAGAGAACCUCUUCUUAGUAAUAAAAAGCUUUACCCAAACUUCUUUCGUACAGUCCCCAGUGACAAGAUACAAUAUGCAGCAUAUGUGAAGCUAUUGGAGAGAUUUCAGUGGAAUUGGGUUGGGAUCAUCACAACAGAUGAUGACAGUGGACGGCAAGAGCUACAGGAGUUGGUCAAACUAUUUACAUCUCAUCAGAUUUGUAUAGAAUAUACUUUUCUUAUAGUUCGAGAAAAUCUUUAUGAACUUCCUCCAGCUUUACAAGCUUCAUCUACUGAUGUUAUUAUUAUCUGUGGCCCCUAUAGUCUGACUUACUUCAAGUUUUUAAACAAUGUAGCUCAUCUUCUAAAUAACAAGACUCUUAUACUUCCAAGUUCAUGGUCACUGGCGACAGACCUUAUAUUUCCCAAAGAAACUCCUGCUGCAAGAACAGUUAUCCAACGUCUAUGGAAAUCCGUAACCACGCCUACCAUAACAGACUGGUUUAAGCUAGCACACUAUAUAAAAGAAAAAACUAUUUUGUUUAAUAAGAAUGGAGAUUGGAAAACACCACUGGAUAUUCUCAAUUGGGUAACAACAAAAUAUAAAGAAGAUAUAAUAACGUCUAAAAGGCUUGUCGGAAGUUUUGAUGAAUCUUUUCCAGAAGAUAAACAGCUGGAUAUUAAUCCCAAGAUAAUAACAUGGAGACAGAACUCAGUUCCUAAAGGUCGGUGUAGUGACCUCUGUCCGCUAGGAACCAGAAAAGUCCUCAGAGAAGGAUAUCACAUCUGCUGUUAUGACUGCGUCCCAUGUCCAGAAGGGGAAUUUACAAAUCAUUCAGAUAGUGAAAAUUGCCAGAGAUGUCCUGAAGAUGAAUGGCCGAAUGAGGGAAGAAACAAUUGUGUUGUGAGGGAUUAUGAGUUUCUGUCAUAUGAAUCUGAUGUUGUUUCUUCAGUCUUCUCCAUCGUCUCCAUAUUAUUCUCUCUUAUAACUGUAUUUAUAAUCGGAAUAUUCACUUUAUUCCGGAAAUCUCCCAUUGUCAGAGCCAAUAACCGGAACCUAAGCUUCAUUCUCCUGACCUCUCUCAUGUUCAGCUUACUCUGUGUGUUUCUAUUCAUCGGUCGUCCAGUGGAUAUAACCUGCAUGCUGAGACAAAUCUUCUUUGGGAUCUUCUUCACAGUAGCCGUGUCUUCUGUCCUGGCCAAGACCAUCAUAGUCUGCAUAGCAUUCAAGGCCACCAGGCCAGACAGCUCCUGGAGAAAGUGUGUGGGGGUUAAGCUUCCUUAUUCUGUAGUGUUGGUCUGUUCAUCUCUUCAGAUCCUGAAUGCAGUUAUCUGGUUGUCAUUGUCUCCUCCAUAUCAAGAGCUUAACCUGGAUUAUCCUGGGAAGAUAAUCAUUCAGUGUAAUGAAGGGUCUGUCUUGGCCUUUUACCUCAUGUUGGGUUAUAUGGGGUUUCUGGCGGCUGUGAGUUUUGUUCUAGCUUUCAUGGUGAGGACAUUACCUGACAUCUAUAAUGAAGCCAAGUAUAUCACCUUCAGCAUGCUGGUGUUCUGCAGUGUCUGGAUCGCUGCCAUCCCGGCCUAUCUGAGCAGUACAGGGAAACACAUGGUCACUGUAGAGAUAUUUGCCAUAUUGGCCUCAGGGGGAGGAAUAUUGAUCUGCAUGUUUCUACCUAAAUGUUACAAUAUCCUGAUGGAUCCUGAAGUGAACAGUAAAGGACACUUGUCCCAGAGACGCGUUAUGUGA